AUGCCACGCCCUGGGCAGUGGCUGGGUACGCCGUCGCCCGAGCAGAUCCGGCGCUUCGACGUGACCCUGGACGACCCGGGCUGCGUCUACUUCUCCGGAGACGUUGUCAGCGGCAAAGUGCGUGUCGACUUGGACAACUGCCUCACCGUUCAAGGCAUCACGGUGCGCAUUGUGGGCGAGGCGGCAGUGAGCGUGACGUCAGAGCCACCCGCGCCAAGGCCGCGACUCAGGAAGAACAAGAUUUGUGGUACAAUAUCAGGUGGAGGUACAUUAGGGUCGACAACCAGUAAUGUGCUUGUCUACAUUAGAGCCACCGCCGCCGCAGUCGCCGCCCCCCACAAGUUCCGCUCCAGCGAGAAGUACUUCGAGCACAAGUUCUACGUCUUCGGCCACAAGUACAGCAGUCGGCGCGAGCGGCUGUGGGCGGGCUCGCACCAGUUCCCGUUCCGCGUGGCGCUGCCCACCAAGCUGCCCGCCUCCUUCCACGGCCGCUUCGGCUUCGUGCGCUACCUGUGCGAGGCGACGCUGGAGCGCGCCGGCGCGCCCGGACUCACGCACCGCGCGCCCUUCAGCGUCAGCUGCAUCGCCGACCUCAACGCCGAGCCCAAGGCAGAGAGCGGCGCCUACGAGCAGCGCAGCACAAACUCGUGUCUGUUCUGCUGCAAGAAGGGCACGGUGAUCGCCUCGGCCAAGGUGAAGAGGACGGGCUUCGUUCCUGGCGAGGAGAUCGCCGUCUCCGCCGACAUCCUCAACAUGAGCGACCGGCCCAUCUACCGCACGAGCGCUCGCCUCAAGCAGGUGGUGACGUACCUGUCGAGCCGCGGGCUGCGCAGCCACGUGGACGAGCGCGUGGUGGCCGAGGUGAGCCGCGGCGCCGUCGCCAGCGGUGACUCCGACGCGUGGCACGAGGUUCCGCUCACCGUGCCGCCGGUGCCGCCCUCCUCACGCUUCACCAACUGCUGCAAGCUCAUGGACAUCGACUACCGCCUCGACUUGCUGGUGGAGCUGGAGACGGAGCCGAUGGAGCUGCGGCUGCCGCUGUGGCUGGGCACCGUCCCGCUGUGCAAGCAGUUCCCCAACCUGCUGGCCGCUGCGGACGUCGACCCCGGCCUCUCCAGGGUGCGCUUCCCGGCCGCCACCGUGGCCAAGUAUCCAGACCUCCCCGUGUCGACGGGCGAGCCGUGCGUGUUCGGGCCGCGGCCGCUGGACGGCUACUUCUGGCGGCGGCGGCCGCUGGAGCGCGCGCCGGGCGUGCGCACGUCGGACCGCGGCUGGGCGCCGCGCUACCCCACGUACCGGCCGCGGCCGCCGCCCGAGGGCACGGUGCGCGCGCUGCUGCGCCAGUCGGGCGCGCACCAGCUGCCCACCAUCGUCAUCACGCGGCCUCCGGGGCUCUGCGAUGGUUCUCAAGAAUAUUCCAUGGUAAUGCUGUUUAAAUGUCGCUAUUAUGCCCUGAUCCAGUGGCUGAAUUAG